AUGACAUUGAAGAAGACACCAAUUGAUAUUGAAACGACCGGUAACAUUGUAAGUAUUAGGUACUAUUUUUUGAAGUUUUUAGUAUUUACAGCAUUUUAUAGUAUGAUCAUACUAUCUAAUACCAUAUUUUUUCAAAUAUAUAUACUACCGUACUAUCCAGUAUUACAUUUUUGAAGCAUGAGCUAUUAUUGUAAAAUACAGUAUCAAAUUUUUAAAUAUUAAGUACCACAGUACUAUCUAGUACCAAACAUAAAUAAUAAUAGUGUACCACUGUUUUAGGUCUGCUUCAAACUUCCAACUACGACAGAAGUUCUAGAACAAUCAAGGCAGCAAGAUGAAGAAACACCACGCCUAAAUGGGCUGGUUGGCAAAUUAGCAGCCGAAUUUUUAGGAACCUGCCUUUUCGUCUUCGUAGGAUCACUAUCAGGUCUAGGUACAAACAAAACAAAUGGCAUCAUGCAUGCUGCUGUAGCACAUGGAUUCACAAUUUUUGUACUUGCUAGCAGCUUUGGUGGCGUCAGGUACGAUUUAAUUUCAAAAAAUGUGGAAGGGGUAAAACAAAUUUUGGGUGUGGUAAAAAAAUUAUAUUUUUUUGGGGGGAGGGGAAUGUAUGGUAAAAAUAUUUUUUGUUUGCUAAUUAUUUUGCCGAACUCAGGUACGUUAAACUGCAAAAAAAAUUUGGGCGUGGUAAAAAAAAUUUAGGGGUGCAUAAUUUUUUUUAAUUUUAAAAGAUGAUUGAAGUUUAAGCAAUAUUAAAUUGUUUUAUGCUUCAAAAUGAAAAAAUUUUGGUUUUUAUAAGGUUCACUUUACAGUGGAGGCCAUUUCAAUCCAGCAGUGUCAUUAUCUGUUUGUAUGGCUGGGAAGCUGGAUGCCCUGUUGUUAAUGCCAUAUGUGAUAGCACAGCUACUGGGAGGAUGUGUUGGUGCAUUAUUAGUUGUUGUAAGUGAAUUCAACCAAUGAGAUUUCGGAACUUUGGAAAAAAAUUUUUUUUGAGAAAUCGACCGGUCGAUAACCAUUUGGUGAAAAAAAUGGUCAAAAAGCUAUGACGACAUUUUUAGCCUUCUAAGGGGUCGUUAACGCAUUAUUUUUUAAAAAGUAGCUUUUUGAGAAACCGACCGGUCGAUAAUUUUAAGCUAUGCUUGAUCACAAACUUUCUGACUGAAACAUAAAGAACUGCCAUUUUAAAACAAUAUAAAGGCCAAUACCAACCACAAAAACAAAUUUUAGGUAGUAACAACCGAAGAACAGUACCAUAAUAUCCUAGGUGGUGCUACUAUGCCGGGCGGUAACUUAUGGUACCAAAAUGUCAUAGUAGAAACAAUGUUGACUAUAGCUCUGUGUAAUACGGUUAUCAUGUGUGCUGCUGAUACUGAUACGAAUAUGUUGGCUCCAUUAUGUAUAGGAUUUACUGUGGCAUUGGAUAUUGUUGCGGCGUAGGUUUAGGCGGGAAAAAUGUUUUUUUCAAGGUUAUUGGUGGUGUUUCGUAUUUUACAUUACUUUUUUAGUUUUUUUUAACUUCUUAGAACUUGCGUUACCCCUACCAUACGCUAUCCAUGCCUCUGGAUCUAUCGCACACCCUUACCCCUACCCGUACCCAUCUUAUAUGCAUCUUAUUCUCUCUACCGCCCUUACUGUAGUAAAAAACUUUUAGAGGCUCAAUAACUGGUGCCAGUAUGAAUCCAGCCCGCUCGCUAGGCCCUGGCUUGGUGGCUACGAUAUUUUUGCCUUCAAAAGAUACGAAAGAAAUAUGGCAAGAACACUACAUUUACUGGGCUGGUCCCAUUAUUGGUGCGACACUGGCCGCCUUCUUUUAUCGAUGCUUCUUUGCUAGUGAUAAGAGAUUGGUCGAAUAA